UGUCAAUGCCAGCAUGCGUUGUAAGAGAUCAUACGGGCCAUGCGAAGGGAAGCAGCUUGAACGGUUCAAUAUUUCCUCCACAUCCAGUCCCUCCUCGCAGCCCACCCUCCUCCUCCACUCCCCCAGGCCUCCUCCUCGUAAGGCUACUUGGCCAGAUGGUGCAGCCUUUUCUUUUGUUUACUCAUCCGCCAUGAGUUGCCCCAACUGGCCCUAGCUACUCAAGUAUGGAUGCUGUCUGGGAGCCGCCAUUCGACAAGUAGAUAAGUUGUUCAACUGGAGAGUGAUGUAGGGGUCCACUUUAGGAAGGUUGUGCCAGAGCUGAGUCCAAACUCGCACCCCGCCACAGUAUUUGCUACUGGAUGGCAGAGCUCUUUGACGAGAAGAUAGUUGUUGGCUGGAUGCCCUGUGCUCCUGCUUGACAGACACCGAAAUGUUUCCAAACAAAUAAAUGAGAGAAAAUACACACACAAUGUUCAAACAAGUGGAUACCUCAUCAAGAAGACGUCCUCAUGGUGGCAAUGAGCCCAUCCGAACCCAGUCUCCUCCACCCUCCUCUGUCCAGCAGAGGAGAAUCCGUGCUGUGGAGGUGGCAAGGGGGCGGACUGGGUACGGUUUUACGCUCUCGGGCCAAAAUCCUUGUGUGCUCAGUUGUAUCCUGAAAGGAAGCCCUGCAGAUUAUGUCGGUUUACGUUCAGGGGACCACAUCCUCUCUGUCAAUGACAUCAAUGUCUCCAAGGCGUCCCACGAAGAUGUGGUCAAACUCAUUGGACGCUGCACCGGUGUCUUGAAGCUGGUCAUCGGCGAGGCAGAGCGCCACCGGCGACAUCAUCACCAGCAACGCAGCGCAGGUAGUCGUCACCAUAGCAGCAACGCUAUGGCUACAUCUUACCAGGACUCAUGCUCCAGUGAUGAUGAGUUGGACGGCCUUUACGAUAACAGCAUCAACAACAACAACAACAGCACUAGGGCGGGCUGUGGAGUUCAUGGCGUCCGGUUCAGACCCAAAUUGGAUUCGAAGCAGCUUGGCAUUAACCGGGCAGAGAGGGUGGUGGCAGAACUGCAGUCCGGAGGAAUUUUUAACAUGAUUUUUGAGAAUUCCAGCCAUUCGUCCAGCAGCUCUGACAAGGACAGACCUGCACACACAUCAUCGUCUAAACCACGGCCGUCAUCCGAUGUUGAGUUUCCCCCAUAUCGAAACCCCUCCUGCUCACAGAGCAACCCCGUCCAGCUCUCUGAGGAGGAAAUGGCCCAAGUUCUAAAUGAUGACUCAGUUUUCCUGGAUGCAGAUUUCCAGCAUCUACAUCUUCAUCAUGAACAAGACAUGGACGUAGGGGAUGGGCGUGACUUGGUCCUAGAGCCCAGUCAGGACAUUGUCAAUGUGGGCAUGAUUGUUGGUUACCUGGGCUCCAUUGAGCUGGCCUCCACAGGUACCAGCCUGGAAAGUGACAGCCUGCAAGCCAUCAGAGGAUGCAUGAGACGUCUGAGGGCUGAGCACAAGAUCCAUUCCCUGGUCCUCAUGAAGGUCAUGUAUGACAGUGUGCGCCUAUGCAGUGACAGAGGGCAGAUCCUUGCCAUGUAUCCUGCAGAAAAACUAGCCUUCAGUGCCUGUUGUCCUGAUGACCGGCGAUUCUUUGGACUGGUCACCAUGCAGGCCACAGAUGACUGUCACUUCAGCAGAGGACGAUACGAUGACGGCGGUUUGAGGACCUCUUGUCACGUGUUCAUCGUGGACCCUGACCUGUGUCACCACCAGGUGCAUUUAGGUGUAGCCAGACGGUUUGGCUUUGAAUGUACCCCUGAGCCAGACACUGGCGGCUGUUUGGAAUUCCCACCCAGUUCUCAGUCUCUCCUCCACUUCGUGUCUGUACUUUACCGGGACAUGGGGGACAACAUUGAGGGUGUCCGUGCCCGGGCUUUUCCCGAUCCGGAUAAUGAUGCCCAACAGAACCACAGCACCAGCAGCAAUAGCGAUAGCGGGAUUGGUAACUUUUUACCUGAGGAGAAGAGCAACAGGGUGCUGUUAGUUGACCUCGGAGGCCCACCUAACCACAAUCACGUCUCUGGGCCGCGCCACUGGGACAGCCCACCUUCCUCGCAGCAGGCCUGGAGCCCCACCCUAGGGGUUGCAGCCUCUCACCCACCUCCCCCUCCGCCCGGUAUAAGAAAUGGCCACUACCGCCAUGAACCAUACCUGGCUGACCUGCCUCAUCCCCUCCCACUGGCUCAGCCUGACGUCCCAGCUAGACAUGCUCGUGGGGUCCACCCCCAGCAGUACUCACAGGGGAAGUGGGGAGGAGCUGUCGGGGGUGGGGACAAGAGAGGGGCUGGAGGAGGGGUGGAGCCACAGCGUUGGCUGCCAGUCCACGUGCUGAGAGACUGGCAUCAGCAACACCGCCACCUCCAAGGCCUGAGCAGUGAUCAGGAGUCGUACGCCGAAUCCACUGACGGGUGGUCAUCAGCUAACUGCAGCACCCUGCCUCCACCCAUGAGUAAGAUCCCUGCCGACCGUUACCGGGCCCCACUGGUCCCUGGAGAACACCUGCCGCCACCUGGAGGGUGCCAGCCUCCACCUCCCUUGCACACCCAGACCCACACUCACCGGCUGGCUGCUCAGAAAGAUGAGUGGGCCAAGAAGCUGUUUGGUGCUGGGGACAACGAGAAGAAGCGAGGAGGCACCAAAGAUGCUGAGAAAAAGGGUGGUCGAUUCCGAGGUCUGACCAUGGGUUUCCCUCCUCUUGCCCCCCGCUCCUCAGCCAGACGCUCCUUUGGACGUUCCAAACGUCUCAGCCUGGCCCGCUCCCUGGAUGACCUGGAGUCUACUGCAGUCUCUGACGGAGAACUGAACAGCGUGGAGCUGCAGGGCUGCAGCAGUGACAACAGCCUGAACAGCAAUGCCAGCCUCCCCAGUGUCCAGAGUCACCGGCGCCACACCGAGAGGAGAGUGGCAAGCUGGGCUGUCUGCUUCGAGAGGCUGCUGCAGGACCCCGUCGGAGUCCGCUACUUCUCGGAAUUCCUGAAGAAAGAGUUCAGUGAGGAGAAUAUUCUGUUCUGGCAAGCAUGUGAGUUCUUCAGCCACGUCCCUGAAAAUGACAAGAAACAGUUGUCUCAGCGAGCCCGGGAAAUCUACAACAGCUUCUUGUCCAGCAAAGCCACCACGCCGGUCAACAUUGACAGCCAAGCGCAGCUCGCUGACGACAUCCUCAACGCCCCACGACCAGACAUGUUCAAGGAGCAACAGUUACAGAUCUUCAACCUGAUGAAGUUUGACAGCUACACACGCUUCCUCAAGUCUCUGCUUUACCAAGAAUGCAUGUUAGCCGAGGUGGAGGGCCGGCCCCUGCCUGACCCUUACCACAUCCCCAGCAGCCCCACCUCCAAACACAGCACCACGGGCUCAGACCGCUCCAACUUGUCCACACCCAAGAAGGAGGACAAACGCAGCAAGUCAGGCCGAUCUUUAAAUGAUGACAGCCGGGAUGAUUCAGGAGACCGGAGGAAGGGCAUGUUCUUUUCCUGGUCCCGCAACAGGAGCUUUGGUAAAGGGCCGAAGAAACGGGAACUGACGGACUUUAAUUACAACUUUGCUGGUGGUCGCCGUGAAUCCCAGGGGUCACUCUCAUCAGGUGCCAGUCUAGAGCUUGGGACGUCUGUGUCUGGGAAGAAUGAAGGAGAUGUUUCCCGUGUGGGGGUAUCAGAGCGCGGUGGCGGCAGCGCCCCCCUGAGGCAAUGUAAUAUAAACUUGCCAGACGGCUCGUGUUGCUCUGUGCCGCUGAGGGCUGGUGUGUCCAUCAGGGACUUGUUGUUGGGCCUCUGUGAGAAGCUCUGCAUCAACCUGGCAGCUAUCGACCUGUUCCUGGUCGGAGGGGAGAAGCCACUUGUUUUGGACCAAGACUGUAUGACUUUGUGCUCUCGAGACCUCAGACUUGAAAAGCGCACUCUCUUUAGACUAGACUUGGUCCCUAUUAACCGCUCAGUAGGCCUAAAAGCAAAGCCCACCAAGCCAGUGACAGAGGUUCUCAGGCCUGUGGUGGCCAAAUAUGGUCUGCACCUCUCAGAUUUGGUGGCACGCAUUAGUGGUGAAUCCGAGCUCUUAGAUCUAGGUCUUCCUAUAUCCAAUCUAGAUGGACUGAGAGUGGUUUUGGAUACAGCGGAGCACACGCCAGGAAAAGCUCCAUCCAAAAGUCACAUCCAGGCCUCCACAAGCAGAAACCAAUCAACAACAGGGGAGGACAGGCAGUCAAGGAAAGCCGCUUCCGCUCACCCCCAUGGGGCAAACGGCAAGGCUGGGCCCAGCCUUGACACAAGCAGCCACCCUUUACCCAACCACUCUGUCUCUCUUCAUAAGGCUCCGGAGAAAAGAAAGCAGAAAAAGAUUAAUAUAGACGAAGCUGAAGAGUUCUUCGACCUCAUAUCCAAAGCUCAGAGUAACAGAGCUGACGACCAGCGAGGCCUGUUGAACAAAAGCGACCUGCAGCUCCCGGACUUCCUGCGCCUGUCACCAGUGGCAACCAACCGGGCUGGACCUCCACCCUAUGACCCCGAGCCCGGUUGCUCCACCCCUCAUUCCCGUAACUCCGGCAAUGGCAGCUUCCCUAGCAGUCGCCUGGGCAACAAGGCCAACCACAAUGACAGGGGAGGCGGUGGCGGCCAUUUUCUCAAUGCAAGUUAUCAGUCCCAGAGCUUGGACUCUGCAUUGGGCUCUGACAGCGGAGGGUGGGGGGAUGCCAGACCCCCUUCGUCGCUGUUUCCUGCCACAAUUUCUCCCAUCCACCCGUCCCGAGAGGCACAGCAUGGUGCGUUCAAGGACGCUGGCAGAGGGGCAUCAGUUCAGAUGCUGGAAGAGGACGCCCUGUCGGACCUGACUCUUGUGGGCGAGGGGGACCUCAACAGCCCCAGCCUCAACUAUGUCACUCCCUCCGCCCUACAGUCUAAACCCCACACCCGACCCCAACAACAAUCACAAGGUGGUCGGCCUAGCUCAGGUACCUCCCCUGUUUGACCUUUCACCUCUCCCUUCACCUGGCUAUAAGUGGGAACACUCUGAAGCGCCCCUUUUUCAGUUGAAUGAAUGCAUCCACAUCUCCUCCCUUCCUGUAGUCAGCUUUAUCCUGUGUGGGGGGAUUAAAAAAACUCCCUGUGGUACAGAAACAUUAACUUCCAAUGUACAACUACAACAACUAACACCAUACAUGUGUUUCGAUGUGUUCGAAUAGUGAUGUAUACACUGUGACCAGAAUCUAAGUAGGUUAGAGAAACGACAAGAAGCUGAAGCGAGGAUAAAUGGAUGCAUUAAGGGCACAAGUUGUCCAUGGAAUUUUCCCUGUGUGGUGUGUAUCUGUGUGAACUUUUAAGCGGGCUUGCUGUGGAUUGAAUUUUUUUUUGUCUUUCUUAGAGAUGUAAGAGUGUGUGGGAGCGCUGAUUGAUUGUGCUAAACUCUCUCGUCCGACUCCCCUCACCAACAGAAUGAUGCACUUUAGCCAAUUAUGAAUAAGACACGCGUUAAAAUCACUCCCUCUAUGUUUGACUUGAAAGUACAGUAUCUUCUAAUUUAUAUUGUUUGUUCGGUGAUCACAUGGUCUACAUCCAGAGGCCCUCUGACUGUGUUUCUGGACCAUGUUUUGUAUUCAGCUUACUGCAUACUGACCCCAUAAAUUCCGACUCCAUGCUAUAGUUGCGUGAACAAACACAUUUUUUCAGCUGUUCUUUGUUCCGACUUGAGCACAGUACAUUCUGUGUUUGCACCAAUCUCACCGCAGGCGCUUCUCAUGACAUUCAUUCAGAAAUAGGCCACAGACUGCAGACUAGAAAAAAAACAACAACUCUGCAACGACUUAUUCUUUGUCUUCUUUGCACUAUAUCACAUAUCUAUUUUGUUAUUCUUGAAAGACGUUACACAGAGUAGCCAUUGAGUGAUUUCUGUAGCGGCUCUAAUACGAUAAAUAACAACGUGAGAUGUGGCUUUUAUGACCGUCACUGCAAUGGAUUUGAAACAAACCACCACGAUGUGAUUAGUGUUGACUUUCAAAAAUAUGGCAUUCAUUAUUUAGGAAUUGCAGUCGUCCCUCGCCACUUCGCGCUGCGAAUUUCGCUGCUUCACUCUAUCGCGGUUUUUAAAAAAAUAUACAGGUAUUAAUGAAUAAAUUAUAUAUAAUAUAAAUCAUAUAUAAUUUUGUGGUUAACUACAGCCUAUUAUUAGUCAAUUAAGCCAAUUUGACGUAUUUCUGGCCAAAGUUACGCAUUUUUAAGCAUAAAAAUGGCACAAUGAUCUAAAAUGCAAAUAUAUGGCAUUCAGAAGAUGCAUUCAAAUACAUGUCGUUGAUAUGUAGUAUUUUACACUGGCCACUAGGUGUCAAUAAUGUUACACAAGUAACAGCAACAAGGAACUCUUCCAGGGGGAGUCUAUAUGAUGUCUUAUUUAUGUCUUAAAGGAAAGCUGCAUUUUUGGGGGGAAUUUUGGCCAUCAUUCACAAUCCUGAUGUGCAACAUGAACACAUAUGUCUUUCUCGAUUCUGUGCGUUCUAAAGAUAUAAAAACAUAUAAAAAGACGCCCUGCGAUUGGCUGGCGACUAGUCCAGGGUGUACCCCGCCUGUUGCCCGAAGUCAGCUGGGAUAGGCUCCAGCAUACCCCCGCGACCCUAAUGAGGAGAAGCGGCAUAGAAAAUGGCUGGCUGGAUGGAUAAAAAGACGCUGCUAAGAAUGCACAUAAUAGGAAACCCUCAUUCUGCCUAUAAGGGCUUCUGAAAAAACGCUCCGAAAAGUGCCAACAAUGAUCCGUUUACAUAUAAUGUGAUGUGCACAUUAACCAAGCAACAGCGACAUUGUUUCUUCUUCUUAUUAACAUUGUUACGCCGAUUGAACUAGUCACUGGUGUAUUGACACCUUGCCACACCACACCAGCUAGCUACUAGCCGGCUAGCGACUAGCUUCAGCACACACUCGCCUGUAGCGCGUCAGAAAACGCUCUCAAUGCCUCAGAGCAUGACCAAAACGGUAAGGCUACAUAUUGGAGCUACAGCCACUGCUGGUGUGUUUUUGUUUUUGAGUUUGGAAAAGUUAACGCAAGGUGUAGGCAGGCAUUCAUUUCUAUGUUGCUAUGUGAAAUCAAUGCACCCAGGAAGGAGGUUCCGGUAAUGCUUAAAAGGACCAAAAUACAGCAAAAUACUGUAAGUAUUAUGUGUUAUCAUGAGUGUAUCUGUUACUACAUGAUUACAGGGUGUAUAUCAAACCAUGUUGGAGGUUUUGGGAGGUGUUUUAAUAGUGGGCUUUCUCGACGGCGUAGGUGUGUCCCAUUACUUGCAGUAAUGAGCUUUCUCUUUUUCUAUCUUUAGAACACACAGAAAAGAGAAAAACAUGUGUUCAUGUCUUGCAAAAUUUUUAAAAAGUGCAGUUUUCCUUUAAAUUGCCUAUUUUCUUCUUUGUCUACUCUAUUGGGUACUACAAGUGUAAAGGUGAUUAUGGGGUGGUAUUUCAUGUCUAGAGGGCUCUAAUAAUGUCAAAACCUGGAUUUAGAAGGUUGUAAACAUGUUUUCUAUGCUCUAAGUACGAAAACAUUCCAUUCAUAAAUAAGGAAUACUGCACUGCAGAAAUUCACUUAUCACGGCGAGUCUGGAACCAAUUAACCACGAUAAACGAGGGAUGACUGUACAACCAUGUGAUGCCAUUUUCAAUAUAAAAGUAACUAUCAAGCAAAACCACAAAAGCAUUCAUUUGUCAUCGUUAAAUACUAGGGGUGCACGAUAUGAGGGAAUUAUGACAUCAUACCAACAAAUCCGAUAACAUUUUUUUUUUAAAAA